GGGUUCCUUUCACUCUGAUACACAUACCCUCUUGUGAUGUAAUACAUCUAUUCUUCAGUAGCAGCCCUUGAUUGUCAUUCAUUGGAAGCCUCCUAACCAAGAGGAAGAGGGGGGUUUUAGUGAAUGUUCUUCCCACUGUAACCAGGGCUGAAUCCUAAACAGAUUUUGCAAACAGAGAGACCAUUUUCUAAUUGGGAUUCUAAGUACGGCUCAACGUUUGCUGGCAGAGUUUUUUUAUGGACAAGUAAGUUGAGCAAAAUCUGAUCUGACAAGACCUUUACUUCUUGGAAAGAACUGUAAUAUACGGAGAAACACAGAGACGCUCAAUCACUGUUGCUGUAAAAAAAAAGGGGGUGAGCAGAGAGAGAGAGAGAGAGAAGAGAGAAAAGUGCUUGUAAAGGAAAGCAUUUUUUGGUUGAUGGGAUGAAGCCAGCCAUGGAAACUGCAGCGGAGGAAAAUCCUGAGCAAAGCCAAGAGAAAAAAGGGUGUUUCGAAUGCUGCAUUAAGUGCCUGGGAGGAGUUCCUUACGCCUCGCUGGUUGCCACCAUUCUUUGUUUCUCUGGUGUUGCGCUCUUCUGUGGUUGUGGCCAUGUGGCAUUAACAGGGACGGUGUCCAUUCUGGAAAACCACUUCUCAAAGACUGUCAGCGAUCAUGCUUUGCUAACCGAAGUAGUACAGCUCAUGCAGUACGUCAUUUAUGGAAUAGCAUCAUUUUUCUUCUUGUAUGGAAUCAUUCUUUUGGCUGAGGGAUUCUACACCACCAGUGCUGUAAAGGAACUUCACAGUGAAUUCAAAACUACAGCCUGUGGACGAUGCAUCAGUGGAAUGUUUGUGUUCUUGACCUAUGUGCUCGGAGUUGCCUGGCUGGGUGUGUUUGGCUUUUCGGCUGUACCUGUGUUUUUGUUCUACAACAUGUGGUCGACCUGCCAAGUCCUCAACUCUCCAAUGGCAAACAUGACUUCUUCGAUUGAAUCCAUAUGUGUGGAUGUCAGGCAGUACGGAAUCAUUCCUUGGAAUGCAGCUCCUGGAAAGGCCUGUGGCACAGUGUUAGGAGAAAUCUGCAACACAAGCGAGUUCUACCUGUCCUACCAUCUGUACAUCGUGGCCUGUGCCGGAGCUGGUGCCACCGUUAUUGCAUUGAUUCACUUCCUCAUGAUACUGUCAGCAAACUGGGCCUACUUAAAGGAUGCAAGUCAUAUGCAUGUGUACCAAGACAUCAAAAUGAAAGAAGAGCAAGAGCUGCAAGACAUCCAGUCCCGAUCAAAGGAACAGCUCAGUUCUUACACAUAAGGACAUAACAUAUUCUACAUUCACCAACCAUAAUAUUCAGAUAUGAUAACUAUACAAACUGUCCUCUGCAGUGCAGUGCUAAUGUGGGUCCCCCUAACAGACUAAUCCAUAAUGUUGCUUUCUACACUAACUAUCCUGGAAAGGUUUGUAGAAACCUCCUUUUGUGUUCUAUUUUCUCUUUUGUUUUAUAAAAAAAAUAUAUAUAUUCAAAAGUAUGCCAAUUUGAAUAUUUCUUUUUGCGUGUAGACUUUUACCCUUAACCAGCCUGUACUGGUAAAGCUUAAAACAUUGCACUAUUUUUUACUUAAAAAAAAGAAAAAGAAAAAAAAAAAAAAACACGUUCAGCUGCUUUACGGCACGCUCUUCUUACUUUAGCAAAUUUAACAGCUGCUAAAUAAAAAGAAAAACAGUGUAGCUUCUUCUGAGCUUAAUGUUCCUUCAUCUUUCAUUAAAGAUUAUAUUCACAAUACAAUAUAUGCGCCUUACACAUGAACCGGUUUAAAGGGGGAAAAGAAUGAAUAAAAACUAAUGCAAUGUGUUAUUUGUACUUGUACGAUUGUCAUUGUAUGUUUAGUCUUGAAUUUAAUCAAAAUGAGAACGCAGUGGUAAGAAAUCAUAUUGCAGCAGCAUUCCAUAAAAAAUCAAGCCUGCAUGCAUUCCUGUUUGGGGGAUUGGGGGUGGGAUCUGGAUAUGUAGAUUAAUAACUCUGUAGCAUAAGGCUUAGGCAUAAUAAGAUUUUCAGGAUUUCAGGAUUCACUACAGAUGUAUUUUUUCUUUUUUGGGGCACCUCCAUUUGAUCUCCUUUUUCCAUUUUUUGUAUGUUCCAUGGGAACACUCAGCAUGGGAAAACAAAUGUUGAUGUAAGACCCGGAGGAAAAACUACCUCUGCAUGUAGGAAACUGAUUUCCUUUAAACAGGUUGAAUACUCUUUUAUUUUAAUUGAGUUCAUAUUGUUUAUGGCAAAACUGCCUAACCCAAUUAAAACAUCUGUACACAAACUGAAGUGUUUAAACAGUCAGCUGUAACCUAAACAACAUAUAAGGGGGUUUGUAGGGAAAUCCAUUUCUACUCCCUCACAACUUGGCUGCGUUUGGGCUCUGCAGGAUUACAAAAAGCCUGUAGCAUUAUCAGUCACUCCAGCAUUAUCUAUGGUUUUCUCUGGUCCCUUAACCUAGCAGGUUUUACCAUCUCAACAUAUGGCAAGCAUAACCCAGGGUACUAAUUUAGACUUUAGUACUGAAUGUUAGCAGAGUCAACCCUAAAUGGGGAUUGAAUCCACAACCUCCCGCGCCUUUAACCACUGCACCUUUAAGUAAGGCUGAUGGAAACCAUGGAGAAACACUCCUAUUUCUUCUGUGUAACCUUCCAGUACCACUUCAGCUGUCACUGCUAACAUACCUGAAUAAAGCUGGGUUUCAUCUAGCUGCGAAGGCAGCCAAAAGCCAAAGCAGGAUGCUUGAAUGUUUAUAGCCAGCAACUGGCACAUGGAAGUUCUAAGGCAUUUCAGCCCUUGCCUGUUGUACACAUAAUUUGUGUUGAUUGUGUAAUACAUGCAUCGUUUAAAGCAUCAGGAAUAUGAUGUUUUGAUUUUUAGAAAAAUGUUAUUGGUUUUACUGCUGCUAUGUAUUUGGUAUGAAAACCUCUAAAAUAUUGUAUUAAUAAUUCUUUAAAAAUCUCUGAAAAUGUUUGUCAAUAUUGUUCAGAUGUGUAAAGGUUAAAAAACUGACUUGUGUUACUGAUGUACACUCUGUUUCAUGUUAGGUAGAAGAGAUGUACUGGAAUAUCUUAAGUGUUAAAUCGUUAUUGCAUGGAAGAGAGUAACUGUUUAUGCAGUAAUGCAGGUAAUGUGUCGUCAUUUAUUCUGACAAACUAUGGUAGGCAGUGUUUGCCCACAUCCUUUUAUUAACGGAGAUAUAUUUCAAUGUAUGUAGUGAACAUGGCAGUUUUUAGUUUUGUUUAAUAGACCUUUUUCUUUUUCAAAAAGUCAAAAGGUACCAAUUUUGUAACCUAAUAGUAAAUCAAUAUUUUCUAUGAGUGCCAAGGGCUUCCUUGUGGUUUUUCUUCAAGCAGUUAUUAAACAUUUGUAGAUAAAACA